CACAGUAAUGAUGAGGUUCUUCACCUUCAUCGCCCUUCUCCUUUUGCUAGUUCCUUCCAACGCUGCAAUAUCUUCUCAAAUGGUCGAGACCCUCCCUGGCUUUCCUGGAAAACUUCCCUUCAAACUUGAAACUGGGUAUGUUGGGGUUGGGGACUCGGACAGCGUUCAACUAUUUUACUACUUUGUUGAAUCGGAGAGGGAUCCUGAUGAAGAUCCUCUCAUCCUUUGGCUCACCGGUGGUCCUGGUUGUUCUGGUUUCUAUGCCUUCGUCUAUGAAGUUGGUCCCCUGUUAUUUGAUUAUGCCAAAUCUAGUAGCGGCAGAGUCAAAGUUCCGGUGCUGAAAUUGAAUCCAUACUCAUGGACUAAAGUAUCUAACAUUAUCUUCAUCGAUGCCCCCGUUGGCACUGGGUUCUCCUAUGCAACAAACUCGGAGGCAUAUGUAGUCGAUGAUAUAUUAUCCGCUACACAAACCUCCGAAUUUCUGAGGAAGUGGCUGUUAUCUCAUCCCCGGUUCCUGAAGAAUCCUUUGUACAUCAGUGGUGAUUCAUAUUCAGGCAUCAUUGUCCCUAUCCUUGUCAAGAUGAUAUCUGAUGAUAAUGAUGCAGGUAUUAAGCCACGAAUGAAUCUAAAGGGUUAUUCGAUAGGAAAUCCAAUAACGAAUGAAGUUGUUGAUGAGAACUGGAGAGUUCCAUUUGCACAAAGAUUAGGACUUCUACCAGAUAAACUUUAUGAGUCAACCAAACGAGAUUGCCGUGGUAAAUAUGUAGAUGUAGAUCCAAGCAACGCUGCAUGUUUAGGGGAUCUUGAAGUUUAUACGCAGUGCACUAAUAUGCUCAAUACUGCAAACGUAUUAGAACCUAAUUGUGCUCGUGAUUCGCCAAAACCAAUGGGACGGGACCAAUCAGCAUUAUCCAAGUGGGAUCCUAAUAUCAUCGAAGAGGAUUCCUUGGAGCUUCUUUCCACCCUCUAUAAUUCUGAACCAUGGUGUCGGCCAUAUAACUAUGUCUUCUGUUAUAUUUGGGCUAAUGACGAAAAUGUUCAGAAUGCCCUCCACGUUCGGAAGGGAACCAAGAAAUGGUGGCCAAGAUGCAAUAACAGUUUAGCUUACACAGAGAGUGUGCCAAGUACUGUCCCAUACCAUAAGAACCUUACAAACAAAGCCUUUGCAGUUCUGAUUUACAGUGGAGAUCAUGACAUGGUUGCUCCAUACGUGGGCACCUUAGCGUGGGUAAGGUCUCUGAACUUGACAGAAAGUAGCAAGUGGAGACCAUGGUAUGUCCAAGGACAAGUUGGAGGAUACACAGUGGAGUAUACACAUAACAAUAAUUACAGCUUAACAUACGCGACAGUGAAGGGAGCAGGUCAUACAGCGCCAGAGUACAAACCUGAAGACUGCUAUGCAAUGUUUACAAGGUGGAUUGCUCGUUUACCUCUCUGAUCAUUCAAAUGUAAUUUUAAGAUCCCCACCUUAAUCUAUCUAUGUAAUAAAGUUAGGUGAUACUUUGCAUUAUUUUGCUUUCUAGCUAUCAAAUAUGGGCUUCAGACUACGAGUAUUACAAGAUGGAAAAUGAAUUGCCUUGCUCAUUAUAUUA